GUGAUAAUUGCUUGGUUGUCAUUAAAAUGUCACAAGGCAAAAAAAAAUCUUUAUAUUUUUAAAAUAUAUUUUUUUCUAUCUAGUUCCAUUUAUCAUACAGUGAUAAAGAGAGGUAUGAGAUGGAAGAAAGGCCAGAUGCUCAGAAGCAGAUUCUCACAGAAAUCGCCAAGAAACUUCCCAUCUUCACGCGCGCUCAGUCAGGAGCUGUCAGGUUCUGUGACCGCUGUCAGGUGAUAAAGCCAGACCGCUGUCACCACUGCUCCGUCUGUGAAACAUGCGUUUUGAAAAUGGAUCACCACUGUCCAUGGGUAAACAACUGUGUGGGAUUCUCCAACUAUAAGUUCUUUCUGCUGUUCCUGUCUUACUCCAUGAUCUACUGCGUGUUCAUUGCAUCAACAGUGUUUCAGUAUUUCCUCAAGUUCUGGGUGGGAGAUCUUCCCAAUGGCCCUGCGAAAUUCCACGUGCUCUUCCUGUUGUUUGUGGCGCUCAUGUUUUUUGUCAGUCUCAUGUUCCUGUUUGGCUAUCACUGCUGGUUGGUGGCUAAAAACAGGUCCACGCUAGAGGCGUUUUCUGCGCCAGUGUUUCAGAACGGGCCUGACAGGAACGGCUUUAAUGUUGGGCUCAGCAGAAACCUCCGGCAGGUGUUUGGAGAGGAUAAAAAGCUCUGGUUUAUUCCAGUGUUCACAAGUCAGGGUGAUGGGCAUUAUUUCCCGCUGAGGACCCUGCGUGAAUCUGAGAAUCCUUUAUUGGCCAACGAGGGGAAAUGGAUGGAGGACGGUGGAUCAGAUGAAGAAAGCGCAGAUGAAAAUGGACCUUCAGUCAUUAUUAGGACGGAAUCAUAAUCACUGGAGGGGAUGAAUACUCGGUGAGUAUGGAUUUUAGUGGCGAAGGCAAGCAUUAGUCGAUUACUAUUAGCUCAUAUGUAGGGUAAGUCAUUUAGGCAUUUUCAUUCCUCAAAAUGAUCUGGUCCUUCACAAUAGUGAUCCUGGCAACACUACUCAAUAUAAAAAUCUAGAUCUAGAAAUCUAGUAUUGAAUCUAUUCCCUGUUAUUUGCUCAUUUGUUCUAACACUAACAUUGGUUUCUUAUUUAUUUGACUAGUGGGAUCCUGGUUGACUUUAGCAUCAUGAGUAGUUUAAGAAACCACCAAUCCUUGAAUGAGACGACUGCAUUCCAAAUCCUGGAUCAUUCCAGAAAAGCCUGUUUCUAGAGAGCCAAUUAUAUUGGGAACAGUGAGGAUUUUCUUGUAAUGCUGAUUACUUAGAACUCAUGCUGAAUGUUAUCAAGUGUAUUGCUCAUCUUUUAUGAAGAGGAGAGCUGCAGGACAAUCACUGACAUUUCCAGAUGUUAUAGACCUGUUGGACUGUUUAUUAUCAUGCUUUGAUGAGAAAAGAUGGACAUCUCUGAUGAAAUAUGAUAUACCAAUAUCUUCUAUUUUUCUCUUCACAUAGUGGGAUAAAUGUUUGAAAACUUGGACAUGUCCAGAUCAUACUUCUCCCCAAAACAAAGUGAGAUUAAAUUAAGCCUGUUCAUUGUCAUGCCCCUGGACUGUAUAUGUGUGUUUUUCCCUCCAUGUGCCUGCCCUGACCUAGUUUUCCCAUGAGUUUG